AUGGACCCUCGUCCCGUUACUCGGAACUCGAUGAUGCAGUCCAGUUCCCAGAGCUUCGACACUGAUGUUUUGGGAACGGGAGCUUCAUUCGCACCGAAAGAGUUGGGGAGAGACAUGUCGAUCGAGACCUUCUUUCUCGAUGACGCCGAGUCGAGCAUGAAAAUACACCCUCACGCGGAUAGCAGAGUCUACAUUGAAUCCCGCUCUCGAAAGCAACACUUUGACUUUGAUCUUGUCUUUCUGCACUCGCAUGGUGCGGAUAGAUACGAUACUUGGAGAUGCGGAGACGUGUUCUGGCCGGACUACGUCGUCGAUGACUUCCCAGGAGCCCGAGUGUUGUUGUUCAAUCAUGACACCAAGAUAUGGACGCAUUUUGGUGUUGAGGAUAUAGAAAAGACGGCCAGCAACCUAGUACGCGUGCUCGGAAAUGCCCGACAAGGUGACUACGGGGGAAAGCCGAUAAUAUUUAUCGCACACAGUCUCGCUGGCUUCCUGCUUAAAGCAGCGUGUAUUAAAUGUAUGCAAGACUCCGAAGACUUAAUCGGCGGAAGCAUUCUCCAUUCCAUGAGAGGCGUCAUCUUCCUUGGUACACCGCACAGGUCCGUAUCUGUGGGCGGGUGGCAGCCCAUCUUACAAAGAGUUCACAAAGUAGCUGGCACGUUCCCCGAAUCUUCUGCCAACUUGGACGCUGUUGCCGUGAGAGCGGCCGUCGACGUCUUGUCAAAGUUCUACCCGGUUCUUGAGGCAACCAAGAUGCGCAUCUUCUCAUUUUUUGAACAGCACGAAGCAUCCGGAGGCAGUUUGCCUACUCUGGUCACGAGCUUCGAGAAUGGGCUUCAUCAUCCGUGCGAGACGCGCGAGACACUCCCAGGGAACCAUAUCACCAUGUGUCAAUUCGAAAGUCGCCUCGAUCCCGGUUAUCGAAUGCUUAGCAAUGCCAUCCAAGCCAUCCUUUCUGUUCCCGGGAACCUCGAUGUGUCCAUCUCCAACACCCCAGUCGCGCUUCUGCCGUCUAGGAUGGAGCUGAGUACUGUAUUUGCUGUCCAAGAUCUUUUGUCUUCGAAAACUCUACAAAAGCCAAGUGACCAGGAUGAUAAUGCCACUCUAACACCGCAAUCCAUCAUGUAUCAAUUCGCGCCCACUGUCAAGCUGCGCCGAUUAAAGAGACUUUUGGCCUUCCCGCAGUCGUAUAUCACAGAUGAUCUUUCUAUGCGCAGCCGAGACACGCUGAGCAAAACCGAAUGGGUAGUAAACAGUCAUGGCUUCAAGGAAUGGCUCGACUCCGAUAGUCUGCUUAUUAUCCGAGGACCCAGAGGAUCGGGGAAAUCGACGCUCGCAUACCGAAUAGCUCACUUCCUUGGUGUGGAGAAGGAAGAGGACCUCGAAGAUACCCCUCGAAGAUGUGUGCUGAGCUACUUCUAUAGAAAUACUCUAGGCUCGGAUGAUGUCAUUGUUCAGAUGCUGAACCAAUUCCUACUCCAGUUUCUCGAGAUUAUGCCUGUCCUGGUUCGUCACUUCCCGAAUCAUCGUGUUUUUGGUCGUGCGAGACCAAGUUGGCCAGAGUGGGAUGAGCAAACUUGGACCGCAUAUGACGAGGAUUCGAAAAAGAUGUGCCCUGAUCUAGAUACCUUAUCAGGAGAGACCGAGUCGACCCGUGGAUUGAGCAGCAAGGACCUUCUCAUCAGCCCCUUCACUGUCCCGGAACUUAUUGAGAUACUGAUAUCGAUUUUCCACGACGAGCUAGUUGGCGAGGUCAUCAUGGUCAUUGACGGUCUGGACGACUCCUCAGAGAUAUCCAAGUCUCUAUUUCAGCGUUUCCUUGAGUUAAUUGAGACAAUGAGAAGCAAGCAGGUUAAAGUCUGCCUGAGCUGCGAUACUGCUCAGAUACAUUCUUUGAAGCACAUCGUGGCUCUGGACACGCUACGUAACUUCGAACCUGUUCUUCAACCAGAUGAAAACCUCGAUAUUCUCUUCCAUUCCGCGCACGAGAAGUGCAGAGUGAUUCCGUCUUGGAAAAACGAGUUGAUGUUACUGGCUGGGACAAUUCGUUCUAUAUGUAUGUGGUCCCACCUGGCUGUAAGUCUGGCUCGUCAAAUCCUAGGCGGACUAUCCUCACUUGAUGACUUGAAAGCAUUCACUGCCACCUUGGAAGAGUGCCGUGCGGGGGAUCUAGAACCAGAAACUGAGAUUGAUAAGCUUUAUCGCUGGGCAUUUGAUCAUUUGAUCGUACUUCGCGGAUGGAGGCACAUGAGUCUGCUUUUCUUGAUUGCGGUGGCAGAGCGGCCCCUGAAUCUCGCCGAGGCAAAUGCCUUGGUUCCCUCUCCAUCAGAGUUUGCAUCUUGGUGUGGUGAAGGUUAUAAGACGGACACUACUCUGUCGGAUGAGAGAAAUGCGAGCAAGCCUUUCCCCGAAACUGACACAAUGCAAGGAGUCCAUCCUUUAGAAUCGAAGCUUCUCGGACUGGUCAGAAUUUCCAACGGCACACUGACCCUCUUUCACCCCGAUCUCAAGACUUUCCUCCAGCAGAAAUUGUCUGACAGACAUCUCAGAUUCCACCUUCAUUAUCAUAUUGGAAUCGCAUGUCUUACGUUGCUCCAAGAUCUGAUACAAGGAAGCAGCCAGAUGACAUACGACCUGGAGAGUCAGAGGUACACGCUGCCAGUCGAAAACUUCAGUUACCCCUUAAGAUACUGGUCCAAGCACCUCUUCGUAGCCCAAUCAUCUGAUCAGUGGAUACAACACGAGUCGAUGCAGGUUUUGGUUCCGUUGGCGAGACUCUGGGAUAACGCCGAGGUUCGCGAUCUUAUCCACGGGUUCUCCCCGGCUCGGCUUCCACCGGUCUCUGCCUUGUCCAUACCUUGUAUACUCACUGCUCACGACUUGGCGAAGGUUUUGGAAUUUUUCUAUUUCCUAGCACCAGGGCAACUGCCGCGCAGGGAUAUGAAUCUGUCCCUAGAACAACGAUGUGCCGUUGUGAAUUCCGGAUCUAAGGCGCAGGCCGUCUUUCAAAGGCACGGACGGGAAAGUGCCUCAAGUGAUCAAUACGGCAGAACCAUUGAGAAUUACAAAGCUUGGGCAAAAUCAAGACAUGACGCGGAGCAGCUUCUUCUUCCUGAUUGGAUCCGCGAGGCUAUAGGGAUAGACAAAAUGGGUAAAUGUGACUGGGGGACAGUACGAGGCAUUGCAAAAAACGCCGUUGAGCACAAAAAAUUGUCAAAGGAUUCCUUUCAGCAAUUAAUUGCUCUUGCUGUCCGCCGAAACGACGUGGAGUUGGUUGCAGAUCUCCUUGAUGAUGGAGCACGCUGCCAUUAUAUUGACAAAGAUGAUCCACGGAAGCCUUCUGUUUACCAUAUUGCUGCCUCAAUAGGCAACACGGAUUUGGUACAGGAACUCAUCCACCACGCCUCACUAUUCUGCGCCACUGAUGCAUUUGGUAUGCGUCCCAUACACUGGGCUGUUGAGCGCGGCCACCACGAGAUGGUCAAACUUCUUGUCACGGCAACAUUAAACCAAGAUGAGCGAGGCCAAAUUCCACUGUUCAUGGCCUGCGAAGGCGUCUCACCAACUACAGUAUUGGCUGUCUUGAAACAAGGCUUUCCCCCCAGUUUCACUGACAAACUAAAUCGAACACCAAUGCAUGUCGCUUCGUCCAUCGGAGCAACAGACGUGGUUCAGCUUCUUUUGUCCAAGGGGGGAAACCCCGAGGCUCAAGACGACAAGGGAAUCACGCCACUUCAUCUUGCCGCAUUUGGAGGUUGGACCGGUGUAGUUGAUGAACUAUUGGCGUCCGGGGUUUUCACCGAUGUUACUACAAACGAGGAGCAAACACCGCUACACUUUGCCUGCGAAUCGCCUAACCCUUCAUUGGAGGUCGUUUUUACUCUCCUACGGCGGCAAGCCAACCCGUACGCCAAAGAUUCCGAAGGCAUGACACCGCUACAUAUCGCAGUGAGGAAUGGAUCAGUUGCAAAGGUACAGCUGUUGCUUAAAUCUGUCACCCACCUUGACGGCGUCGAAGAGCUAUUAGAACUAGCUCAAGAAAACCAGGAAAUUACACGAAUAAUCCAGCAAUACCAUGAGGCAUUCCAGAUCACCACCAUGCGUACUGUGAUCAACCAGGGAAAGUUUGUCCCAGAGCUGCAAAGUAAAAUUAACGUUGUAUUCGUUCAUGGAUAUUACGAAUCUCCUACCAAGACGUGGUCCGAUGAGUCGGCUUCAUGGAUGUGGCCUACGAAAUACCACCCGAAGAGCGAGUUACAAGCCCGAGUCUUCUUCUGGGACCGCCAGCUUGAACUAACAGAUUUCUCGGGCGCAGCAAAUUGUAGUGAGCUUGGGACGAAACUCUUAGACUUUGUCCGCAGCACAGUGUAUGCUCCAGAACUCUCUUCCAAAUCUGGAAAAACCAUGCCGCUGGUAUUCGUCAGCCACAGCCUCGGUGGUCUGGUAGUGAAAGCAGCGCUCGCUGCUGCAGUCCGGAAGAAUGACUCUUGCCUCAGAACUAUCAAAGGGCUCGUGUUUUUGGGUACUCCACACCAAGAGUUGGACGAAAAUUCAUGCAAUGAUGCGGUUCAGAGGCUAGUACAAUCGGCCAUUGACAAUCGCCUCGACCCUGGGCAGAACAAUUCAUUGAGAGGACGAACCAAACUAGGAUUUGCCCAUCCAGAGCAGACUGAGGCAUACAAUAAACUUGAUUUGGACUUUGGAGGAAUAUGUCGACGUUUACACAUCAAGAUGCUCUCCAUUACAGAAACAUUGGGACAGUUCACGCCUCUAGAAGGCAUAGACUGUAAACUACCUAAUGCGGAAAAUGUGAGCGUCGACAAGGAUCACGGGAGUCUCCCCAGACUAUCGUGCACUGACGAUGUUGUCUACGAAAAAAUCGUCGAGUUUCUCCAUGAAGUCCUGAUUCGUGAGAAGCAAUCAGAGAGCCACAUUUCAGUAGACCUACCAGACCACCAAGACGGCUACAAUUACGUCUCCAAGACAACGUCUCCUCAAGCCUCAUUCUCACAGCUGUGCCAGCCCAAGUAUUCUGAAAAAGAUAUUAUUUUCGCUCUGCAAAAAGAUUCAAGUGGCUAUAUCCUUUUACCAUCCGACACAGUCGCCUCAUCAUUGUUGAAUUCUAUAUCCGGCUUCCCAAAAAAGCCGGUGAACUCCAAAAUAAUAGACUGGCUAAACGAUCCCGAGUGUCCAUAUCUCUGGAUUCGAGGCAACACCGGCAGCGGCAAGACUGUCUUGAUGGCGGAGCUAUACCACCAUUUGAUCCAAGCCUCUGGAGCUCGGAGUCAACCGGGCACCAUGGCGAAUCAGACAUCAAUUACAGGCUUCUGCUUCAACGGACGGCUGCAAGGUCAAAAGACUGCGAGUGAUAUGCUUCGGUCCGUUCUCCAUCAUAUAUGCAUUGAACGGGGCGAUGUUGUCAAUCUCCUCAUCCGGGACGGAGACAUCGUCGGCACAGAUUUUCUCGGAUCGUCUUUGUCAUGGGUAACUUUGUCGUCGGUUUUUGAAAAGACUGUGGAAGUGGCUUCUGAUAGCAGAUUCAUCCUCAUUAUUGACGCCUUGGACGAAUGCGGGCCCAAAACAGAGCAUGAUUCAAAUUAUCUUUACAGAGUAUGUCGGUUCAUAUCUCGCCGCCGACCGCUUCGAAAUCUGAAGAUAUGCUUUUCCAGCCGACCUUCCAGCGUGUUCUUCUCCGAGUUCAGCGAGGUGGCGCAGCUGCGGAUGGAAGACUUGAACAGCUCAGAUGUUGUCAGAGACGUUGAGCAACGACUACUACUGACAGGCGGCUUCAGCGAGGUAACACUGCAGCAGAUGGACCACUUUAGAAGCUCAGAUAUCGUCAAGUACGUUGAGAAACGACUAGCAAACGGAGAAGUCAACCAGGGACUAGUCGAGGACGUAAUCCGCCUUUGUUGGGGAGUCAUGCUUCAGACAGCUCCCACUGUUGAUAAAUUGAUUCAACACUUGAAAGACGAUUUGGAUUUCAACGACCAAAUUGUGCAUGCCCCCGAAUUUCUGGAGACUCUGUAUGAGAGAAUGUUGGACGAUAUCCCGUCACACUACAAGAAGGAGGCGGCCAGGAUUCUUCGCAUUGUCGCCAUUGCGCCAUUUCAGUUGGACAUUGAUUUACUAUGCAUCGCAGUCGAGGACUAUAUUGUUGACCCCGAAAUUUCUAUCCAGGCAGCUCCAAGCGAGCUUGUAGCCAUCAAUGCCAAAUAUGGAUACGAUGAACCGAAGAGGAGCGAAUCGGACCACGAAGAGCGGAGACUCAAGGCAACUAGGCGUAUGAAUCGCCGUUGUGGUGGUCUUCUCUCUAUUCAAGACGGAAACAACAUUCGCUUCAUCCAUGACUCCGUGAGGAGCUUUGUCUCCAAGCCUCAGAAUUCUCAAGGAUUACUUGGAUAA